UACUGGCGUCCUUAGUUUUGCAAGUGAGCGAUGCAGACCUCCUGUGGUCGUUCUGUUCCGGCGCCGGGACCGCGGCCACUCCCAUCCCAGAGAGGAGGGUGCCUCUCUCCUAGGACAGCUUGGUCAGGUGACCUUGGCGGCUCUUACUCAGCCAGGGACCCGGAAGGACGAGGGAUCAGGAGGCCGCGGGCGUGCGGGCAGGACGGCGGGCGCGGGGCCAUGAGGUCCCCGAAACUGCCUGGGCUCGUACUCUCGCUGCUGCUGCUGCUGUCGCCGCCAGGUCCAGUUGGCGGCGCCGCGCGCUUCGACCCCACCUGGGAGUCCCUGGAUGCACGCCAGCUGCCCGCCUGGUUCGACCAGGCCAAGUUCGGCAUCUUCAUCCACUGGGGCGUGUUCUCCGUGCCCAGUUUCGGGAGCGAAUGGUUCUGGUGGUAUUGGCAAAAGGAAAAGUUACCAAGUUAUGUGGACUUUAUGAAAAAUAAUUACCCUCCUGAUUUCACAUAUGCUGAUUUUGGACCACUGUUUACAGCAAAAUUUUUUGAUGCAAACCAGUGGGCAGAUAUUUUACAGGCUUCUGGUGCCAAAUAUGUUGUCUUAACUUCCAAACAUCAUGAAGGCUUCACCUUGUGGGGCUCAGAGCGUUCGUGGAACUGGAAUGCUGUAGAUGAGGGGCCGAAGAGGGACAUUGUCAAGGAACUUGCAGUAGCCGUUAGGACCAGGACUGACCUGCGCUUUGGACUGUACUAUUCCCUUUUUGAAUGGUUUCAUCCGCUCUUCCUUGAGGAUGAAUCCAGCUCAUUCCAGAAACAACAAUAUCCACUGUCUAAGAUGCUGCCCGAGCUCUACGAGUUAGUGAACCAGUAUCAGCCUGAGGUCCUGUGGUCAGAUGGUGAUGGAGGGGCCCCAGAUACCUACUGGAACAGCACAGUCUUCCUAGCAUGGUUGUACAAUGAGAGCCCAGUUCGGGACACAGUGGUCACCAAUGACCGUUGGGGAGCUGGUAGCAUCUGUAAGCACGGUGGCUACUAUACCUGCAGUGAUCGUUAUAACCCAGGACAUCUUUUGCCACAUAAAUGGGAAAACUGCAUGACAAUAGACCAGUUUUCCUGGGGCUAUAGGAGGAAUGCUGGAAUCUCUGACUAUCUUACAAUUGAAGAAUUGGUGAAGCAACUUGUAGAAACAGUUUCAUGUGGAGGAAAUCUUUUGAUGAAUAUUGGGCCCACAAAAGAUGGCACCAUUUCUGCAAUUUUUGAGGAGCGAUUAAGGCAAAUGGGGACCUGGCUAAAAGUCAAUGGAGAAGCCAUCUAUGACACCCAUGCUUGGAGAUCCCAGAAUGACACUGUCACCCCAGAGGUAUGGUACACGUCCAAACCUAAAAACAAAUUGGUCUAUGCCAUGUUUCUCAAAUGGCCCACAUCAGGACAGCUGUUUCUUGGUCAGCCCAAAGCUACUCUGGGGGCAACAGAGGUUGAACUACUGGGACAUGGACAGCCACUUCAAUGGACUCCUUUGGAGCAAAAUGGCAUCAUGGUAGAACUGCCUCAGCUAACUGUUCAUCAGAUGCCCUGGGUCACAAGCAUGUAAAAGAUGACCAUAUGGAGACAGAAGCAGAGACUACGCUGCUACAAAGCCAAGGAAUUCUUGGGGCCACCAGAAGCUGGAAGAGUCAAGGAAGGACUGGAGGGAUUCUUCCUGAGAGUCUUCAGAGGGAGCAUGGCCCUGCUGACACCUUAAUUUUGGAUUUCUAAGCACCAGAAUGGUGAGAGAAUAAAUUUCUAUUGUUUAAGCCACACAGUUAGUGGUAAUUUGUUAUGGCAGUUCUAGGAAACUACUAUAGUUACCAAACUGAUUAUGCCAGUAGAACUUUUUAUCAUGUUGCAUAAGCAGAUGAAAUGAGUGUGAACAGUUAUAGUUUCUGUGAAAACCAAGUUGAAUACUUUGGAAAAACUAGAUAAACAUAUGUUGCCUUUUUUUUUUUUCCAAUUUAAAUGUACUGGUUAAUUAAUUGUGGGUAAAACAGUUGUAAAAGGACUUCCCUGGUGGCACAGUUGUUAAGAAUCCACCUGCCAAUGCAGGGAACACAGGUUUGAUUCCUGGUCUGGGAAGAUCCCACAUGCCAUGGAGCAACUAAGCCCGUGUGCCACAACUACUGAGCCUGAGCUCUAGAGCCCGCGAGUCACAACUACUGAAGCCCGCACGCCUAAAGCCCGUGCUCUGCAACAAGAGAAGCCACUGCAAAGAGAAGCCCGCGCCCUGCAAUGAAGAGUAGCCCCCGCUCGCCACAACUAGAGAAAGCCUGCGCGCAGCAACGAAGACCCAACGCAGCCAAAAAAAAAAAAAAAAAGUUGUAAAAGACUGAAGGGAAAUAUAGUAAAAAUCUACAAGAAUUCUGUACCCCUGGUUUACAACUAUAUAAUGUUAAUACAUGUGAUCUGUAUAAGAAAGACAAUUAGAGAACCCUUAGAAGCAGACCUACACUGAAAAGGUAGAAAAGACAUGGGUCCUACAUUCAAUAACUGGCAAAUAAAGAUUAUUUAUAUU